AGUAGGCAAAACACACGAACGUUUUCGACAAGUUCAUUAUUGGAGACGCGCUGGAACAAACUAGGCAAAAACGCAUGUAAAAUCUACCGGUUUUACGACAAAAAUAUCUAUCUUAAAUUACCUUUAUGGCAUUGCUACAAGCACCGGACGAAUUUGACAUUCUUUCAGGCGACGAAUUUGUGAUUUUAACGGGAAAUGAUGAUGUUUCUUCGCCACCAUUUAAAAAACAUAAACGAGUACACUGGUCCCAGGAUCUUGUGGAGAUAAUUUACUUUGUACCUACGCAAAGCAACCCAGUAUUACCUCCGUUUUCAGAAUACUACGGCAGCCCAAAGUUCAGGAGAAAGAAAAAACAGGAAACCGCGAAUUCAUUGACGCGAAGCGCGGGGCAAAUUAGCACGGUGAUGGUUAUGCGAGGGCUUCAGUUCAUAACGAGACAACUGAACGAUUUAUCCGUGGGAAGCAGCUUAUCCGAUGAUCGCUCACGGAAAUGGGAUGAUCUGCUGCAGCUCUACAUGAUAAGAGAAAGACUUAAGGACGAGAAAGACGACUGGGUGUAACCCGAGCAAUGAUCAACAGCAAUCGAACUGAAAAAUAAUAAAGCAACGCAGACCAGGGUGGAGCACAGAUGACAAAGUAAAGAAAAUAUCAAAGUCCCAAUGAAGAAAUGGAGCGAAAACGCUUCUCCUUUUAGAAAAGAUGGCGAGAAAACGAUUAUCAACUGGUUACUAUGAACGCCUUCGUGAAAGGAGAGAGUAAAAGCUAAGAAAAUAGACCACGAAUAGCGAAGAUUUCAGGAUAGUUUUAGAGCUAAACAAACAGACUAGUAUGAGGAAGAUGUUAUUACGAUUACGUCUGGCUUCGUCUUCGGAGAACAACCUGCUAUUAAAUGUGCGAACGUCAGGUUUACACAAAUUAGCUUGGCUGAUGCAUUAUUGUGAAUAAUGUACAUGUAUGACGAAGAAGCGAGUUGAGACAUACUGGGGAAAUGGCAGCUCGCGUAAAGGACCUCAAGUAAUUAUUUUGCGGUAUCAUUUUUUUGGUGACCGGCCAGUUUAAGUUGUUGUCUGUGAACGAUUUUGAGCAGGAAAGUCCCUCUGACUGACGAGCAACAGAACAACGU